AUGGAAGGUGGCGCAAAAGCUUUAGCAUUUUAACAAAGAGAUAUUGGAGGCAAGAUGGAUUCUGAGAAGACCAAGGAUAUCAGAUCCACUAACAUCAUCGCUGCCAGAGCAGUUUCAGAUGUCGUUAGAACUUCACUAGGACCAAGAGGUAUGGACAAGAUGAUCCAAGAUUCCAAGGGUCACGUACUCAUCACAAACGACGGCGCUACAAUUCUCAAGCAAAUGGAGGUCAUCCACCCUACCGCCAGAAUGCUCGUUGAGAUCUCCAAGGCUCAAGAUAUCGAAGCUGGUGAUGGAACCACAUCAGUCGUCGUUAUUGCAGGUGCUUUAUUGAGAGCUUGCCAAGAUUUGAUCGAAAAAGGUAUCCACCCUUCAUCUAUUUCAGAAGGAUUCGCCGUUGCUCUUAACAAGGCAGUUGAAAUCAUCGAAAGCAUGGGUCAACCAGUCGAUCUUAACAACAGACAACAACUCAUCGAAAACGCUAUUACCUCACUCUCUUCCAAGGUUGUUUCUCAACACUCCGAUCUUCUCGCCCCAAUGGCAGUUGAUGCAGUAUUAAGAAUCAUUGAUAAGGAAAAUGAUACUAAUGUCGAUCUUAGAGAUAUUAAUGUCUCAAAGAAGCUAGGUGGUACUGUUGAUGACUCCGAACUCAUCGACGGUCUCGUUUUCGUCGACAAGAAAGUCUCUCACUUCGCUGGUGGCCCAUCAAAGAUCACUAACGCCAAAAUCGGUCUCAUCCAAUUCUGCCUCUCAGCACCCAAGACCGAUAUGGAGAACAACGUUGUUGUUCAUGACUACACAGCUAUGGACAGAAUCUUGAAAGAAGAGAGAAAAUACAUUUUAGACCUAGUCAAGAAGGUAUGCCAAACUGGAUGUAAUGUUAUUCUAAUCUAAAAGAGUAUUUUGAGAGAUGCUGUAAACGAACUCGCCCUUCAUUUCUUAGCCAAGAAAAACGUUAUGGUCAUUAAGGAUAUCGAUAGAGACCAAAUUGACUUCAUCUCAAAGACCCUAUUGGCCACCCCAGUCGCUCACAUCGACCAUUUCACUGCUGACAAGCUCGGAACUGCUGGUCUCGUUGAGGAAGUUAAUGCUGGUGGAGAGAGAAAGAUCGUCAAGAUCACUGGCUGCCCCAACCAAGGCAAGACAGUCUCAAUCCUAUUGAGAGGUUCAAAUCAACUCGUCUUAGAUGAGGCUGAGAGAUCUCUUCAUGAUGCUCUCUGCGUUGUCAGAGCCCUCGUUAAAAAGAGAUCACUUGUUCCAGGUGGUGCCGCCGUUGAGAUGGAAGUUGCCCAAAAACUCCAAGCUCAUUCAAGAGAGAUCUACGGUUCAGACUCAUACUGUGUAAGAUUAUAUGGAGAGGCCCUCGAGUUGAUCCCAUACACCUUGGCUGAAAAUGCCGGUAUGGACCCAAUUAACUUCGUCACUGAGUUACGUAAUAGACACAUCGCUGGUGAGAGAUAUGCUGGCCUUAAUGUUAAAAAGAACACCAUCCUUAAUAUGUUAGAGGAGAAUGUAGUACAGCCAAGUUUAGUAUCUAUCAGUGCACUCACUCUUGCCACUGAAUGCGUAAGAAUGAUCCUCAAAAUCGAUGAUAUUGUAUUAUCAAGAUGA